AUGACGCUUCAUGUCUCCGUUCGUGCGCAGGGAGGCUUCGGCGGUGGUCGUCCUGCCCGUGGGCAACGGGGUGGUGGUGGGGGCGGAAAUGAAGGCAGGGGCAGAGGAGGCGGAGGCGGAGGCGGAAGUGGAGGUGGAGCUGCUCAAAGCAAAGGCGGAGCGGCACGACGCACGGUUAUCAACAAGACAGGCGAUGGUGAGCUUAGCGACUUCACGCGGAUCGUGAUGCGGGAUGACUCACACAUUCUCAAGAAUAUUGUCAAACACAUUCCGCAGAAUGGUGCCAUUUCGGUGAAGAGUCUCCACGCGCAGCUCUCACCUGAUGUGCAGGAAGCGAUUGCAGAGAAGUACGAUGGUCUCAAAAACUUCCUGGAGCAACGCAAGCAACUUUUUGUGGUGAAAACAAAUCCUGCGGAUGGUGUUUUGUACGCCGCAGCUACUCCUUUGGCGAUGCAGAAACUUGUUGCGCGCGAGAAGCAAAGAGAAACGAUGCAGGAAAUGUUGGGGAUAAACAGUCCUGCUGGUAGUGGAAAACGUGGCGGACGCGGCGGCAAUCGUGGCGGCGGUGGCGGCGGCAAUCGGGGAGGUGGUGGGAACCGUAACAAUCGCGGUGAUGGCGGUGGCGGUGGUGGUGGAAGAGGUGGAUUUGGUGGUGGUGGCGGAAGAGGUGGAUUUGGCGGCGGUGACGGUGGAGGCGGUGGUGAACGGUUCCAUAGAGGCCGCGGUGGUGGUGGUGGUGGUGGGAGAGGCGGGUUUGACGGUGAUGGCGGCGGUGGUGGUGGUGGUGGAAGAGGCGGAUUUGGUGGCGGCGGUGGAAGAGGUGGAUUUGACGGUGGUGGCGGUGGCGGUGGCGGUCGUGGGGGCUUUAGGGGACGCGGAAAUGGCGGCAGGAUAGGCGGUGAGAGUCGUAGCUUUGGCACGCAGGGGCGUCGCUGA